CUGCGCGUAAAAUGUAAAUAGUACUUGACCUCUCGCAAGGUGCGAGCACAGUUUUUCCGAUCGGCAGUAUCGUCAGUAUUGUCGUAAUUAUAGCGAUACUACACAUGCGAUUUUGAUGUGAAUGGAAAACACGAAUUGGAAGAUUGGUAGAUUCACAUAAGGAUUACAACAAGAAGCCUCAAAUUACUCUAAAUAAAUGGCGCAAAUCGACACGAGCGGAGAUGAAUCGGACCUGCCGACUCCGAGCUGUGUUAGGAAGACUCGCCACCGUAGUCACAGUCGUGGCAGCCCAGUUACACCCUCGUCGAUCACGAGCUCCGUGAUAUUCGGGCAAAUCCCCGAAGAGGUGCUGCGCGUAUGGAGUCAACUACCGGAGGCGGUUCGCCUGGAUCCCAGCCUGGCGGGUUUUCAGCGGGUAUACGACCGGGUCAAUCAGAUUACGGAGGAGAAAUCUCAGGAUAAUUCGAAGCAAGACUACCUGGUUGUGAACAUGUCUCUUGGCAGACAACCCGCGGUAUCACUCAGAGUUCCGAAUAUAUACAACUUCAACGAGGGAAGCAACGGACUAGAUACGCAAGCGAUCCAGGAUACUAAGCAAAAGGCAUGCCGUUACAUAAAAUUAACCGCGCUACUCUGCUGUUGGCUGUUAUUUACGAUAAUAUUAAUGUUCAAGAGCGAGAAGAUUGAGACGAUGCAUCAGAUUUCGAUUCCAAGCGAGAAAGACAUAAAUUACGAAGUUUACGAGCACGUCACAGGCAAACGGAUCAAACUGACGGUGCAAGGCUCAUUGUUGCCUGCAGUGAAGAACGAACAGAAUCUAUCUACGCCUCACUUGAUGAUAUGGCUGGAGUUUUUGACACGAAAAAAUCACUGCGACGGGUUCUUCUACUGUGGAUCAAAAGAAGUCAAGUUGCAGAAUGUGAGCGACAUGUGGACCUUGAACGUACCGCCUGAACAUUUGAUGGAUGUUUUCCUCGAUCAAAGGCACGAGAAGAUAUUCGAGAUAAAAGGGGUCGACGACGAGACAUUAUCGCACAGUGUGAUGUCCAUCAACUUUCGUACGGACUUAAAGUCCAGUCUUCCGAUCUACAUAAGUUACGACUUGUCCUCACCGAACAGCAACGUGGGUAUAAUAUGCGCCGUUUUGGUACUGGUAGGCUUGUACAUCUUGAUCAUCUUCGAGAUUGUGCACAGAGCUCUGGCGGCUAUGCUGGCGUCCACCAUGUCCGUCGGGAUAUUGGCAGUUUUGAAUGAGCGACCGACCAUGGCCCAGUUGGUCUCUUGGAUAGACAUGGACACUCUUCUACUGUUGUUUUCCAUGAUGAUCCUCGUUGGCGUCAUCGCUGAGACCGGCAUAUUCGACUGGCUGUCGGUCUACGCUUAUAAGAUAUCCGGCGGCAAGAUGUGGCCGUUAAUUAACACCUUGUGCUUCUUCACCGCGUUCAUCUCGUCGUUCCUGGAUAACGUGACGACGGUGUUGCUGAUGACUCCUGUGACCAUCAGGCUGUGCGAGGUGAUGGAGUUGAAUCCGGUUCCGAUCUUGACUGCCAUGGUGGUCUACUCCAAUAUUGGGGGCGCGAUAACGCCGAUCGGUGACCCGCCCAACGUCAUCAUCUCUUCCAAUCGAGACGUUAUAGAAGCUGGAAUCAAUUUCAGCACGUUCUCGUUACACAUGAGCAUCGGAGUGAUUCUGGUGCUGAUCGUAGUCACCGCGCAAUUCCGCUUCAUCUAUCGAGAUGUAGCUGUUCUGAGAUUCGACGUGCCGCAGGAUGUGCAGGAAUUGAGACACGAGAUCGCUAUUUGGCAACGAGCAGCGGCUAGUCUGUCCAGCUAUAGCAAGGACGAAAACGUGGUGAGGGAGACGUUGCUGAAGAAAGCCCAGCGUCUGCUGUCGCGACUCAAAUCGAAAGCAAUGACGGGCAGUGUGGCGUUGAAGAAUUACCGGACUACCCUCGACGAAUUGCAGGAAAAGUACCCUAUCAGAGAUAAAUGGUUGCUGGCGAAAUCGGGGUUCGUGCUGAUGUUCGAGAUGACGCUCUUCUUCCUGCACAGCGUGCCUGAUUUGAAACUGUCUCUAGGCUGGACCGCUCUCAUCGGCAUCUUGCUGCUCCUGAUAUUAGCCGACAGUGAGGACCUGGACGGUCUCAUGGCGCGUGUCGAGUGGAGUACCCUAGUAUUCUUCGCGUCGCUGUUUAUUCUUAUGGAAUGUCUCUCGCGUUUAGGCUUCAUCGACUGGAUCGGCAAGCAGACGGAGACGAUCGUUCUGUCAGUCAACGAAGAGUCUCGAUUGGCGGUUGCCAUACUGUUGCUGCUCUGGGUGUCGGCAUCGGCGAGUGCCUUCCUUGACAACGUGCCGCUCACCACCAUGAUGGUGAGGAUCGCCACGAAUUUAGCGCAGAAUCAUGAGCUCAACUUGCCCUUACAACCUUUGGUGUGGUCCUUAGCAUUUGGCGCUUGCAUGGGAGGAAAUGGAACUUUGAUUGGAGCUACCGCCAAUGUGGUUUGCGUGGGCGUCGCGGAGCAACACGGGUACAAAUUCAGCUUCAUGCAGUUCUUUAAGGUAGGGUUUCCUAUCAUGAUAACGAGUACUCUGACGAUAAUGAUUUAUCUGAUGAUCGCUCAUGUUAUGUUCAACUGGAACGGAACGUAGACUAAGUUCCGAAAACGUGUCAAUAAGAAGAUAUCUUUUAAAAUGGAGAACCAUAUACUGGAUAUCGCGCGCACACUUUUUUUUUCUCACGCAGAAACGCUCAACAUGAUAAUCAUUUCAAAGCGAGACGGUCGUUACGCAACGUCGUUCGUUCUCGAAAUAAUUGUAUGGCAUACCGUGAGUUUUGAUGGGGAGAACUGUUGUUACGUAUAUGCGUAUACGCGAUCCGAGUAUUUAUUAUAUGCGUUAAACAUACGUAUAAUUUUAACAUAUACUUUCUUAUGUUUCAACAAGUAUAUUCGUGUACAAUUGCAAAAAAAAUUGAAACAGUUCCUACGCACACACGUUAUGAUGUUACACAGAAAAUCGAUCAAUCGUGUAGUAUAUUGUAUAUAUCGAAUUUCAUAUGCAUUAAAUUGUUCCUUCGAA